CUUCUUCUUUUUUUAACAGUCCAGCUCCAGUCUAGGAAAAUAAUGUUCCGCUGUCCCUGAAAAACCUCGAGGGAGAAAAGGAAAAAAACACCACAUCACAUCAUACCUACCUUUCCUCUCUUUCUCACGCGCAUUCCCUUCGCUACAUCUCUCUCUCUGUUUGAAAAAAUCCCAUUUUAUUUUCUUCUUCUUAAUUUUCUCUCAUCUGAUUUCAAAUGGAAUUCAAUUCACUCAUCUCCGAAUCAAUGAAUUAAUCAAAAAAUAUGAUCCGAAGUUUUUACGGUCGUGAUUCUUUUUGGGCAAUAUGAUGAAGAUUCAGAUGGAAAGUAACGGGAGCCAGCAUCACCAUCUGCAUCAGGAUCAGAAUUUCAAGUACAGUCAGUUUUCAAACGGCGGCGUUUAUGAUUAUCAUGAUAAUCACAACGAUGAGAUAGAUCAAGUUUUGCAAUUCUAUAGUAAUUAUAACAAGAGCGAAAUUAAUGGCAAAGGGAAGGGUCGAAUUACACUGCCGUCGCCACCAUCAACUACCUCAGCAACGUCGUCUGCUUCUACCUCUUCAAAUGGUGGCAGCGGAUUUAUUGAACACCCGGUUUCCAAGCUGGAUACUCUUGCCGGUGUCGCUAUAAAAUACGGGGUGGAGGUGGCUGACAUAAAAAAGAUGAAUGGCUUGGUUACAGAUCUUCAAAUGUUUGCUCUCAAGUCACUCCAGAUUCCAUUACCUGGAAGACAUCCACCCUCGUUGUUCUUAUCAAAUGGUUUUGAUACUCCACGGCAGAGCAGUUAUGAACAGACCCCACCACGAGGUUUGCAGUCUGAUCUCUUUGAUUCAUUCCAGUAUUUGAAUCCCAAAUCUUCGCAGCUUAAGGUUUCUCCAGCUAUGAGCUCUUUACAAGGUUACUACGGGCUUAAGCCGAAAGAUCAAAAGAACACAUCUAAAGGUUUUGAGAUGGCAGUCAACAGGAAUGAAUAUUCUCAUCAUCUGGAAGGUGGUCUGUAUCUUAAACCAUCACCAGCUUCCCACCCGCCUUUGUGCCUCCAUCGGAAAACUAGAAGCUGGGUUAAUGAGUUACUUGACGAGAACAAUGAACUGGUUAACAAAUUAUUCCGUGAUGAAGCAAAGGAAAUUGAGUCUGAGAAAUUGGUGAGGCGUCGUCAGAAAUCAGAAACUGAUUUCACUUCCAUCUACUCUGACUUGCUGAUUAGAGAGGAAAACAGCGGGGCUGCUUUCUCGACAAUCACUGGAAAAUGCUUAGCCCUCAGACCCAAAGCAGGAAACCGAGCCACAAAAAAUGUUGAGGCAGCUGGUUUGAUCUCUGCACAAUCAGAUCCCAGAGAUGUGGCUGAUGGAUUUCCCAUGGUUAGGAAGUCAUCAAGCACGCCUAGUUUGAAUGAUCAAGACAGUAUUAGUUCUUCCAUCUGGCCAACAUCGAAGUGGAGUUUGAAGCCAGAUUUGCAAGCCUUGUCUGCUUCAACCAUAACGAGACCAAUCUUUGAUGGAUUGCCAAAACCAACUGGUCGGAAAAACAAAACAGCGCUCGAUUAGUUCAGUAUAUGAGAUCACAUUCAAUUUACUCGAUUUUUGGAUCCAA